AAGAAGAUGUCGUGGCUUCUUGGUGCUCGGCAUCAACAGCAACAGCAAGAUUUUUCUCAAUUUGUUACUGGAGGAGCUGCUGGUGCUGGUGCUGGUGCUGGUGCCGGUGGCGAUGAUCCACCAAAGAAAUCCGGAGGUGGAUCAGGCAUGGAUGCUUACAGAUUCGACUCAAGUGCUCUUGAGCGCGCGGCCAAGGCUGCCAAAGAUUUGGAAAAAUCACCUCACGCGAAAGACAUCUUGGAGAUGACGAAAGUCCAGGACCAGACCAAGAUGAAAGAGCACGAGGCUGCAAUCGAGCAAUUCAAAGUCGAGCAGGAGCGAGUCAAGGGUGAGGAAAGAAGAAAAGCUAUUAUUGAAGAAACAAAACAGCAUCAGCAGCGCGCUCAGUACCAGGACAGUUUGUCCAGAAAGAGGUACGAAGAUCAGCUGGCACAGCAGCAGAGAAUGAACGACGAGACUCUCAGGCGACAAGAAGAGUCUAUUGCCAAGCAGGAAGCCAUGCGGAAGGAGUCCUUAGCCAAGGAGGAAGCCAUGCGAAAAGCUAUCAUUGAACACGAGCUCGAGUUGAGGCAUAAGAAUGAAAUGAAGAAGCUUGAAGCUGAGUCUCGGGCUAAAGCUAAGAUUGAUCGGGAAAACCACGAUAUUAAUUUAGAAAGAAUUAAAGUUGAAGCUGCUGAACAUCGAGCUACUCUUUUGGAGUCUAUAAGAGCUACGGGAGUAGCAGCGCGAUACAUAGAAGCUCACCUCGGGAAACCUUCACUAGUUAAAGAAACUUCACGUUUCUCAGUCCUAAACGCUCUGCGUCAUCCCAUAGCUUCAGUAAAAAAAAUCUACGAAAAGCAGCCGUCAGACGCUCUAUCAGGAGUGGUCCUUGCCCCUAAGCUGGAGGAAAGAUUGCGAGACAUAGCAAUAGCGACUAAAAAUACCAAAAAGAAUGGCGGAACUUACGGAAAUAUUUUAAUGUACGGUCCUCCUGGUACCGGUAAGACAAUGUUCGCAAAGAAGCUCGCCCAGCACUCGGGAAUGGACUACGCAAUCGUAACUGGGAGUGACUUUGUGCGCCAAGGAGGCAACGGAGUCACAGAAGUGAACAAAGUAUUCGACUGGGCUUCGACGUCGCGCAAAGGCUUGCUGCUGUUCAUCGACGAGGCUGACGCCUUUUUAAGAAAAAGAUCCGGCGAGCACAUAUCCGAGGAUCUUCGUGCGACGCUCAAUCAAUUCUUGGCCAAGACUGGGGAGCAGAGCAACAAAUUCAUGCUAGUGUUGGCCUCCAACACUCCCAAGCAAUUUGAUUGGGCCGUCAAUGAUCGUCUCGACGAGGCCGUCAAGUUCAAUUUACCCGGCCGGGAAGAGCGAGAACGUCUAAUACGCCUCUACUUUGACAAAUUCGUCCUCCAGCCUGCGAUUGAAGGCAACCAGAGGUUCAAGGUCGCCGAGUUUGACUACGGUGCGCUCUGCCGCAGGAUGGCUGACAUGACCGAAGGUCUCUCUGGACGACAACUGGCUAAACUUGGAGCCACUUGGCAGCGCGCUGCCUAUGCUACUGAGGAUGGACUGCUCACUGAGGAGAAAAUUAUUGAAAAAUGCUUGGAAGCUGUCGAGGAGUACAAGGAGAAGGUUCAAUGGCAGAGCGAAGAAGAAAAAGAAAUUUCUGCGUACUCUGAUAUUGAUAAUACGGAUACAAAAAAACCUCUGGCCAUCGAACCGGCUCCGAAAGAUGAAAAAGUAGAUAAAGCCUAA